GAAAACUUCCACAUCAGUUCCCUUUCUUUUCUCUUCUCGUCCGACGAAGGAGAGGAGAUGGAGGCAAAGAAGAGGGCGGCCACCAUUGCCGCCAUCUGCAUGCUCCUCAUCAUGUCAGUGCCAUCCCAGCAGCGGGUGUCCGCCAUGUCCUUCUGCGACUGUUACCGGCAGUGCUACCCCGGGUGCAGGCAGAGCGUCCCUUGGUGGCUCUGCAACGUCAACUGUGCUGGCAACUGCGACGUCGGCGACCGGGAGGACACCCUUGCCGCGUGCAUCAUGGUCUGCAGCACGGACUCUGCACCAACAUAUGCACAAGGUGUUGCGGAUUGUAUAGCUGAGUGCAACAAGAGGUGGGGGCAAUAAUUAACGCCAAGUAACCUUCAAAAUAAAGAGCUGAAGAAACUGUGGAUCAUGGGAUCAUAUGAUGUUGAACGCCUGUCACUGCUGAACCAAUCAAUAAAAUGUGUUCCGUGUGCGUCGGUGCCACUUUUCUGAAUA